UCAAUUAGCUCCAAUUAUGGCAAGGUUUUCAUUGUGGAGAAUUAUGGCAAUAGCCAUCCUCCUCUUUGUCAUGGUGGAGGCUCAACCAUACAAGCCCAAGCAAGUGAAGUGCAAAGAUAAGAAUGGUUAUCCAAUGUGCCGUGGCAGCAAGUUCACCUGCCCAGCUGCUUGUCCCAGGUCCUGCAUGGCUGAUUGUGAACUCUGUCGUGCAGUCUGCAGUUGUGACAAGGGUGGUGCGGUGUGCCAAGACCCACGUUUCAUCGGUGGUGAUGGCAUAACCUUCUACUUCCAUGGCCGGAAAGACAAGGAUUUCUGCCUGCUCUCAGACUCCAACCUCCACAUCAACGCUCACUUCAUUGGCCGAAGGAACCCAGAGAUGAAAAGAGACUUCACUUGGGUUCAAUCCAUCUUGGUUCUUUUUGAGGACCACCAGCUCUACAUCAGAGCUCAGAAGACCUCAACCUGGGAUGAUGCCGAGGACCACCUCGCCAUUUCCUUUGACAGUGAGCCCAUUGUUCUCCCAAGGGAGGAAGAUGCAAAGUGGCAGACAUCAGCACUGUCCAUUGUUAGGUCCAGCAGCGCCAAUGCCAUCACAGUGGAAGCUGAAGGAAAGUUCAAGAUCACUGCCAGUGUGGUUCCUGUAACUGAAGAAGAGUCAAGAGUGCACAACUAUGGCAUCAAGGCUGAUGACUGUUUUGCCCAUCUUGAGCUUGGGUUCAAGUUCUAUUCUCUCACCAGCCAUGUGCAUGGUGUUCUUGGUCAAACUUACAGAGAAGGGUAUGUUAGCAGAGUGAAGAUGUCAUCUGAUAUGCCCAUCAUGAGCGGUGAGCAUAAGUUCUUGGCGUCCGGUCUCUAUGCCACUGAUUGUGCUGUUGCACGGUUCGUGCGAGGCCCGCCGGCCGGGACAGCCGGCCAGUUGUCGGAGCUGGCUGAUAUAACUUGCAGUAGCGGAGUUAGUGGCCGCGGGAUUAUUUGCAAGAAGUAGUGAAAAUUAAGCUCGAUCUGCAUGUAAAACAAUCAAAGUAUAUGUCCAAACAAAAACACAUGCAUAUAUAAUAUAUGCAUAUGCAUGUGUGCAUGUAUGUGUGUUCGAAUAAGGAUACAUGGAAUAAGUGUGGCAUUUG